AUGUCGACGCCGGCGUACUCCCCUGACGAUGGCGAUUCUGAAAGCGACGACGACGCAGUCCCUGAACCUACCACUGCCGGCGUGGAGGAUGCCGCCGGCGAUAACUCAGAGCAGAUAGAGGAGGUGAGAGUCCUUCUCGUGCACUCGUAUGCGGCUGUCCUGGAGAUGUUCGGCAACCCCGAGAAUGCUGAAGGCUUCGUCCUGUUCGCGACCCAAGAAAACUCUGCUGCGGGCCGUGUCUACACGACGCCUCAGUCGGCAAGGUACUGGCAAGAAGCGCAGAAGGCGGCCGUGGAAAUGUUCGGUGAAGGGGCGGUCGUUGUGCCGCUCAUCCUGUCUAGCGACGCGACCGUCGUUAGUGGAAACGAGCGGGUUCGGGUGGGGGCGGUCUACAUAUCUAUCGCCAACAUUCCGCUCCGUCGCCGAUGGCUUGACUGCGGCAAGAUCCUUCUCGCACUCCUGCCAUUUCCGCCGAGCAACAUGACACCGGCGAUGAAGGUGGAGCUCUUUCAGGCGGCAAUGAAGAUCGUGCUCGCGGAUUUGAUCGUCGCGAGCCACACGGGGCUGGCGGCUACGGAUCCCACCGGGGUGUCGCGCUUCAUUGUGCCUCUGCUUUUCUCCUACGUCGCGGACUAUCCCGAGACUUGCAAAGUCUCAUGCACUCAGCAGCUGGGCUCCGCCAAGCCAUGCUCCCUGUGCGCUGUCGACCGCAAAGACUUACGCGACAUGGACCACGCCCGCCUCGCUGGGGUUCGCGUACCGGGGAAUGGUCACUACUGGGCGAGUGGAGCCAACUUCACGGCGUCCGAGCAUGCGGCAGUCAUGAUGAUUGCGCCGUUCGUCCUGGAGGGAGACGCGGAUAUCAUGGACCAGCUGACACUUGUGGCGGUGCUCCAGUGGCACGAGUCGUGCGUGCGCGCGACAUCGCACACCGACGAGAGCCUCGCGGAGUUUGAGACGGCUACGAAGCGCAUGAUCCAGAGCGUGGAGUCCGCCUUUCCGCGCGGCGGCGCGGGGUGGAACCUUAUCAAGGUUCACCUCAUGACGCACUUUCCUGAUGCGAUACGACGCGGAGGCCUACUGUGGGAGUAUUCGGCCGCGGUCUUCGAGAAUGCCCAUAUCCGGACGUGCAAGCUCCCCUACCGCGCCUCGAACCACCGCCAGCCUGCACAGGCGAUCGCGGCGCACAACGUCCGCGCAUCAGCUCUGGCGCAGCUUGCGUCAGCCCUCCCUGGGCGGCGGCGCAACCAGACGGCGCUGGUGCGGGCGGUGGCUUCGGGCACACCGCAGCUCACUCAGGCCCGGAAGUCGCUCACGGACCGUCCCACGGGCGAGACCGAUGCGGCGUCCGUGUUCGAGGAGAUUGACCGCGCUGUGGGCGGCCUGCUCAUGUACUACGACACGGUGAUGCGCAACGCCGGCCUGCGGUCGUUCCCGGCAUGGGCCCACACGGCGGUGGCUCUGCCCGCCUUGCCCACCGACUUUGGCCUCAUCCGGCCCCACUAUGCAAGGGCAGCGGCGUCCCUGCACGGGCACACCGCCUUCUCGUGUGUGGAGUAUGAGACGCCGCGCGGCGAAACACGCUAUGGCCGCCUGCUCAUGCUCCUGGAUGCAGAGGAGCCUCUGGAUGCGGGGGGGCACGCGAAGGUCGAAGUGGCCAUCCUCCAGAGGCUGAUCCAGGAGGGUGUGGACGCUGGCACGGGAUGCCAGAUGCUUGGGGUCGGCUCUCUUUUCCACGGCCUCGCUGUCAUCCCCAUCCGCAGGAUCAAGCGGGCCGUUCACUGCGUCCCGUCCUUCCGGGAGAGGGACCUCUGGUAUCUGAACAAGUGGGCCUAUUUUUGCACCCUGGAGCCAUACUGA